AGAAUGCGGCUGAACUUAGCAAUUCUCAUAGUGAGCUUAUGCCAUAGUGAAGAGCUUCAGGAACCAUGUUUUCUCAAAUGUAAAGAUAAUUAUAUGAACGGAAUGCAGUUUGAUAUGGGAGAUUUUCAUGAAUGGUCGAUUGAUAUGGUCACUCCAAUGAACAGCUUGCUAAAAUUUGGACAAGGCAAAAUGGCGCUCAGAUUGAAUCGGGCGUGCAGGAGAAAUGACGAGUAUCACAGUUGUUUGCAGAGAUGCCCAAAUGUGCCCGCUAAAGAGAUACUAAUCAAAGGACAAAACGUUUGGAUGAUUUUAUGCCACGAUUUUAGAAAUGAUACAGAUUUCCGUGUCAAUAUAGUCCCGUGUUGGUCCGACUAUGGUCACCAAAUUUCUGAACGAUGUGAAUCACUAGCCACGUUUCUACAGGCGGAAGUAAUGCAACUUCUUCAAGGUGGUCCCACAGGAAUACAGGAGUCACUGGAAAGUUUGUGCAAAAGCGUUUAUGAGUACGACAAAUGCUUUGUCAAUGAGAACUAUGACUUUUGUGGGUCUUCGGCGGCUAGGUUUCUUGUCAAACUAAAUCAUCAAACAUCACACACAAUUUUGGAGCUGCUCGAUCAAACAAAUACAAUCGGAAAAUUGCCAAGGAGUUGUAAGGACUGGCUCAAUCAAAAAGGAAUGACAGGAUGGCAAAAAACAAAAACCAUUCAAAGAAAAUUACGAAAUUCGGCUCAACUCCCUUUUGUUGCCUUCUCACUUAUUGCGGUGUUCUUUGUGAAAAACUAAAUUUUUCUUGCUUUUUUUUGAGAGUUUUCAAUCUGUGCUCCCUAUACGUGUAUUGAUUUUUCUUAAAUGCUGUUUUUAUUUCAAAUUAAAG